AUGGGAGGACGCUGCCAACCCAAGGAACCUGAAAGUGGCGCAUGCAUCUGUCGCCUCUGGCUACGGUGGAAACUCCUUUGUGAACAGCGAAAAGUGGGAUGUGGCGGCACAAUGGCGGCUACCACGACCUGGAAGACCAGGACUGUCACUCUCGGUGACGCCACUGUAACGAAAAUUCGUGACACCUACACUAUGUGUAACGACUGGAUUACGGCACCAACGGGAAAAACGAUCCAAAUUAGAGUGACAGCCUUGAAAAGAUGUCAGAUGUAG